AUGGAGGAGACGUAUCUGCUCAACCAUCCCGGUGUAAAGAAGAAAAUCUUGCACGGAGGCCAGGGUCCCAUGCCCCACUUCCCUCCAGGAACGAAGCUGGUGUUCCAUUUCCAAACUCUGAAGGACAACUUUGAGCGAACAGUGAUUGAUGACAGCCGCAAAAACAAGAGGCCCACCGAGAUUUUCGUAGGGAAAAUGUUUAAAAUGGAGGUGUGGGAGGUUCUGCUGACAUCAAUGAGGAUCGGUGAGGUGGCCGAGUUCUGGUGCGAUGAUAUUCACACAGGCUUGUACCCCAUCGUGUCUAAAGGAAUGAGGCUGGCAGCUCAAGGGAAAGACCCUCUGGAGGGGCAGAAACACAUGUGUGGGAUGGGGAACAUGUUCCAUUACCACUCCACAGGUUUCCCUGAACUUGAUGAGCUUAUGAGAGAACCGCAGCCUCUAAUCUUUAUUAUGGAGCUAAUCUCGGUGGGCGACCCUUUCUCGUACAAGCGGGAGUCGUGGAUGAUGGAGAAAGAUGAAAAGCUUGAGGCCGUGCCCCCGCUGCACCUCCAGGGCAACGCGCUGGUGAAGCAGGGGCGAUUCCGCGAAGCCGCUGAUAAGUACCAGGAGGCUGUGCUCCUGCUGCGUACUGUGCAGUCCAGGGAAAUGCCAGGUCAUGAGGACUACAUUAACCUGGGCAAGCUCAUUAUCCCCCUGGUACUGAAUUACUGCCAGUGUAUGCUGGAACUGGAGGAGUACUAUGAGGUGAUAGAGCACACUACAGAGCUACUGGAGAAGCACAAAGAUAAUCUGAAGGCAGUGUAUCAGCGUGCCCGGGCUCACUCUGCGCUUUGCAAUGAGGAAGAAGCUCGCCAAGACUUCACCAAAUUGACACAUCUGGACCCCAAAUUCAAACCCAUUGUCAAGGAGGAGAUGAAGAAACUAGGCGAGAACAUCAGGGCCAAACAUGUUCGUGAGAAGAAGAACUACUGGACCACCACACAGGAGAAAUGGAACAAUAAAGCUCAGGCAGCCACAAAAAGCAACAAAAUGGAGAAGAAGAAAGGGGUGAAGUGGGCAGAUGAGAACAAGACAUUGGAGAACACCACUGGAGAACUACAUGAUGCAGCCAACCAGCCAGGCACUGGGAACAAGGGACAAAGUGGAUUAACUGCCCGUGACAAACAAGAGAUAAGUGGAACGCCUGGUAACCAGGAUGGUGAAGGUCGCAGUUCUGAAAAAAAAGGAGAGACUGCUCAGGUCUCUAAAAAGGCCACAGAAGAGUCAGGUAAUGGAACGGGGGAUAAAGAACUUCUGAGUACUGCAAUGGAGCAAGCCAAUCAGAUCACAGGUGAUAUUAGUUUGACCUGUAACAUCACAGAGAAUGUUAAUAUUCCUGUAGAAUCCACCAAUAAGGAUGCAGAGGCAGAGGGAACAGAUAAGGAUAGGUUAGCCGAACAGGGUGAUAGAACUGAAGUAAAUGAUGAGAACAAUAAGGAGGUUAGAGGGAAUAAGAAAGAGGAAAAACCUCCUCAAACCAAAUCUCAGUCGAGCUCACUACCUGCAAAACCUGAAAAAUCCACCAAAACCUCCAAACGCAAACAAAAAAAGAAGAAAUAA